AUUAAAAAAUUGUAAAAAAAGAAGAAAUUAGGAAGCCAUCAUCGUCUUCUACCCAACAAAGUCAUACAAAGUUUCUCUUUAUCAGUUUACGAUCUAGAAAUCGAGUACUACCGCUACGAAUCGGCUGUGUUUUUUCUUUGUUCUGGUUAAUUAUUUGAUCGGUGAAGUUUUCUGGAAGUAUCUGUCUGUCUCACAGAACUAGUUUUGAGGGGAGUUACAUGUUUUUGCAAUAGAGGUGAGAUGUCGGGGUACUGUCCAUGGUUUUAGUGGUGAUUAAAGAGUCUUGAAGUUGGGAGGAAAUGUCAGACUUGUGCUUUGAUCAGCUGGACAAUAAUACUUCAGAUGAGUUUUAUGGUAACGAUGAUGGUAUAGUGCCAAACUCGGCGUACGAGGCCAGUAGCAGGAAGAAACAAAGACAUGAAGAUAGGGGUAGCGAAAAAAACCACUUAAAGAGUAAUACUUUUAUCAAGAGGCAGGGCGAUAUGUUAGGAAGGAAUCCUUGGUCUGAGAAAAAUAGUGUCGGCUCCCCGGUUUCUCGUGAAGCCGGAUCAGACAAAGAUGUUCAGGAUAUGACAUUAGAGGAUGCAAAUAUCUCAGAUCAUGGUUUCAACGGUGGUAACGUCAACGUGGCUGGUAAUUUCGGCUCUGCGGAUCCCAUGUUGUGUGACAGUUCCACUGCUAAACAUGAUGGCGUGUAUAAUAAUUAUUCCGUCAAAAACAUUCCAGAUGCUGAAGAUAAUCUCAGUUUUUUGAAUAGUGGAGAUAAAGAAAGCAAUGAUCUCUUCUAUGGAUGGGGUGACAUUGGAAAUUUUGAAGAUAUGGACAAUAUGCUUAGGAACUGUGAUUCAACUUUCGGGUUGGAGAGUAUUAAUAAUGAAGAUAACUUGUGCUGGUUCUCUUCUGCUCAGCCAAAUGAGGAUACAGACGCUGCGAUGACAGAUGAUAUGAAACCAGACACAAUGUUGGGAAACCAAAGGACACCUUUGUUGCAGGUGGAGGAUUUUCUGAACAAUAGCGAGUCCAACCAUACUGUUGAAGAUGAAUAUGGUGGUUAUACCGCUGUCAGCGGCUCCGCUCAAGGAAACUCUUCAGUAAAAGGAUAUGAUACAAAUUUGCAGAAGAGUGAUAUAUUGAUGCUGGAUGAAGAGGCUAAUCUUGAAAAGAAGCAGACUGGUCAUCUUCAUAAUCUUGAUGGGUACUCGGGUAACAGUCUUACUUUACAGAACAGCGGUAUUUCCAGUGAACAAAUGGACACAAAUCAGUAUUAUCCUCCCUCUGCAUUCCAACAACCAGGUGUUCCAUACUCGCAUUUCAAUUUUGAGCAGCCUUCAAAUCAAGUAUCAGCAUGUGAAAGUAAUUCUGGUACCAAAUCUGAGAACAAACCCAAUCCUUCCUCUGCUUCAAAUGAGUCAUACACAUCAAAUCAUGCACAAUCUGUCGAGAGCUUGCAAGGUCCAACUGUUGAUGAUCGGUGUAGGAAGGGAUUUGAGAAGAGAGUUAGCUUGCAGGCGGGGCAAGAUUUGCCUCCUUAUGCCGCAAGUACCAGGAAGAGUAGUAAGACAAACCCAUUGGUGUUUCCUGAGGCUGCUCCUAUCCAAAAGAUCGGGCUUGAGGAUGACCACAGAAAAGUUGCAGCUAAAGUGGAAACAUCAAACAGGCUGGAAAGUUCAUGCCUUAGCUCUGUAGUUAAUGACAUUUCACUGGAGGCAACAAGUUUUCGCCAGCUUCAACAAGUUAUAGAACAGUUGGAUGUUAGGACGAAGCUUUGCAUAAGGGACAGCUUAUACCGAUUGGCAAAAAGCGCCGAGCAGAGACAUCAUUGUAUGGAUGCAAAUGGUGGAAACGGACAGGUGAAAGGUGCUGGCUCGCAUCUCGAGACUGGUGAAACAGACAAGUACGUGGGAUUCUUGGAUAUAGAAACUGAUACAAACCCGAUAGACCGAUCCAUAGCUCAUUUGCUGUUUCAUAGACCCUCAGACUCAUCUCUUUCAGAUCACGAUGUUCUCUCUUAUAAAUCCCAUCCAAUGAUUCCUCAGCCCAACAAUAGUCCAAGCCUGAGGAUAGAGAACCAAGAGGAAACCCAAGAACUUAGAACCGAAGCUGUAGCAAGUGACAACAAGUAGUGAUGUCAACUGGAAACCGGCUCUUUCAGUGCUGAACCAAACCGAGACAUGGUUGUGCCAGUUAGUUACAUAAGUCCUGAUUGUGUCUUUCAUUAGGAUCAUGGAUUUUGUAACGCGGUUGGGAAUGAUUGUCUGGUUUGGAUUCCAUUUCCAAUUUGAUUGUACAUUGUACACUUGGUUGCUCGGGUCUUUGAGACAUGUUAAUUGCCUUUGUCGUAUGCUCAAGUUGUUAAGUAGAGAGAGGCACAUAGCAAUUAUGUAGAUAAAGAUGUUAGUAUCUCCUUUUUUUUUUCUGUUGCAAUGCUAUAAUCACUCUGCUGUGUAUAUCUCUCAACAUCAAUUACUUAAGAACUUAAGGGUUUUCACUUCCGACAA